AUGCUGCUGAAACUCGGGAUGCUCCUUCUUGCUUUUACUCUGAUUCUGUGUCAGACAAAAAUCUCAGAGGCUGCUUCGUCCAGUAAGGAGUUGCUGUCAGAUGGGGUCACACUAUCGAACAAGGAUGCUGAAACGUUGCUCAGAUCUAUCAAGGAGUUCAUGCAGAUAACCUCUGACGAAGCAGCUCAACAAGCAGCUGAAGAGGAGAGCUCGGAUAGACCCGUGUCUAAACGCUGCACAGGCUUAAGCACGUGUGUGUUGGGCAAACUCUCCCAAGAGUUUCACAAACUACAAACUCAUCAUCGCACUAACGUGGGAGCGGGGACCCCCGGCAAGAAGAGAAGUCUAUCUGAGUUAUAUGAAAACUACAGCAACUCAUACGGCCUCAAACUUUGAGUC